AUCUCUGCGUCCGUUACGCACAGCUGGAGGGACGUGUGCAGCGGCGAGGGAGCGAGCAGCACGCGCAACAGUCCUUCCACAGGUUGCAGCUGCCUGCUGUAGAAGAUGAAACACACUUGUCCGUGUGUGUGUGUCUUAUCCAUUGGCCAUUGGCGUCUUUCCGCCACAUUACGGAGUUGAAACCAUCAAAGAAUAACAAUGCAUCCGACAACAUGAACUUCCUGUUUGGAGUCAAGACCACGAGGGCAAUGAAGGUGCACUCUCCCCCGAGGAGGAGACUCAAGCGCAGUCGCCUCCUCUUCUUCCUCUCAGGUGUGCUGCUGUGCUUCGUCUACACGCUGACUCUGAAGGCAAGGCUGUCAGAGCCUGGAGCCUCCGCCCAGAGGGACCACACUCUCGGAGCAGAUGUGAAUAGUGAUGAUGAUGAUGUUGUGGAAGUCAACAUUCGGGAGGUGAUAGGGUCAAAUGAGACGAAGGAGGAGGAGGUUGUCUUACUUGAGAGCACCAAUACUCCUCCGGUGAUAGUUGUCAACAGAACAGAUAUCCAACAGUGUAUCUACGUAGAUCCUCAACCUCCCAAACCUCCCCCGACUCAACCGCCCCCCACCACCCCUCACAGGAAGAGCGGUUUUCCAACGGACAUCUUCACAGUGACGCAGCGGCGGCAGGGCUGGGUGGUCCUGCACCUCAUGGGCAUGGUCUACAUGUUUGUCGCCCUGGCCAUCGUCUGUGAUGAGUUCUUUGUUCCCGGGCUGGAGGUCAUCACCAACAAACUGGAGAUCUCUGAAGACGUGGCGGGGGCAACCUUCAUGGCGGCUGGAGGCUCCGCCCCCGAGCUCUUCACCUCCCUAAUCGGCGUCUUCAUCUCCCACAAUAACGUGGGCAUCGGCACCAUCGUGGGCUCGGCCGUCUUCAACAUCCUGUUUGUGAUCGGCAUGUGCGCCAUCUUCUCCCGGGAGAUGCUGCACCUGACCUGGUGGCCGCUCUUCAGAGACGUGACCUUCUACACCCUGGACCUCAUCAUGCUCAUCGUGUUCUUUGUGGACAACAUGAUCCUGUGGUGGGAGAGCAUGCUGCUGGUGCUGGGCUACAUCAGCUACGUGAGCUUCAUGAAGUUCAACAGUCAGAUCGAGCAUGCGGUGAAGACCCAGAUCAACAGGCACAUGAGUAUCGUCAAGGUGUGGACCGCGGAGGAUCCAGAGAAGGAGAGUGAAGCUCCACCAGCUCCUCCUGCUGCUACCUCUGCUGCUCCUCCUGCACUCAAAGCUGAAGAAGUGUCCAAACGAGAACCUGAACCUGCUCCCAGCACUCCUCGAGGCAACAAACCACCAUCAGACCCCCAAGAGGACAAAGAAAGACUCAGGGUGCGUCCCAUCCUGCAGCGAGGCGGCAGCUCGGCCUCCCUCCACAACACCUCGCUGAGGAGCACCAUCUUCCAGCUGAUGAUCCACACACUGGACCCUCUGAGAGAAGAUGCUGACCAGAAGCUAACUGAGCUAGCCACUGAUGCUAAUGCUGCUGCUGGAGCACCAAAGGGAGCUGCAGCUGAGCCGUCCACCUCACAGCCCCAAAAGAAAGAAGAAGAGACGAGGGAAAAGACGGCCGACCAGCCAGACGAGUCGAAGGCGGCAGCGGGGGGGUCAGAGGGCUCUCAGGGCAGCACUGAGGAUGAGUGUGGUGACGAGGAAAGUGAAGACUCCGAUGAGAGUGAAGGUGAUGACCUUGACGAUGAGGAAAACAAGGAGGAAGAAGAAGAGGAGGAGAGUGAACCGCUGUCUUUAAAGUGGCCCGACACCAGACGCAAGCAGGCCACCUACCUGUUCCUGCUGCCCAUCGUGUUCCCGCUGUGGCUCACGCUGCCCGACGUCCGCAACCUGGCGUCCAGGCGGUAUUUUCCCGUCACGUUUAUCGGUUCCAUCCUGUGGAUCGGAGUUUUCUCCUACCUGAUGGUGUGGUGGGCUCAUCAGGUGGGAGAGACCGUGGGCAUCUCUGAGGAGAUCAUGGGCCUCACCAUCCUGGCAGCCGGGACCUCCAUCCCAGACCUCAUCACCAGUGUGAUCGUGGCCCGGAAAGGUCUGGGGGACAUGGCCGUGUCCAGCUCAGUGGGCAGUAACAUCUUCGACAUCACUAUAGGCCUGCCGGUGCCGUGGCUCAUUUACACUCUGUUACACAACGGGGAGCCGGUGACCGUCAGCUCCAACGGCCUGUUCUGCGCCAUCGUGCUGCUCUUCAUCAUGCUCCUCUUCGUCAUCAUCUCCAUCGCUGUGUGUCGCUGGAAGAUGAGCCGGAUGUUGGGCCUCACCAUGUUCGCUCUGUACUUCGUGUUCCUCGUGCUCAGCGUCAUGCUGGAGGAUCGCAUUCUCAUCUGCCCCAUCUCCAUCUGAAGCCACACGUGACGUAGAACAUGCAGACUGGAUCAGUGUACCGAGGGUGUUACAUAGGAGAACCCAGCCUGGUGUCAAGAGCUGAGCUGAGGCACAGUAGCCACAUUGUAGAAACAGUAAAAGAGCAGUAAUGAGGAAGACAAAAUCCACCCUCAACAUAAUUUAACAUCAUACU